GGUUUAUUGCGCUUAUUCGCGGGAACAUCACAUUUCCUCGCGAGGCGCAUCGAUCGAUCGGGGCGCGAUGGCGAGGGCGCGAUGAUCCUUUGGCGCCAAGACGGGGAAAUCUCGCACGCGCGGCGCCGGAGCUCUGAAGCUGGGGCGUUCUUGCUGCCUGAUCGGAUUCUUGCUUUUAGGGAAUGCUGGGCUCGUCGGGCGGGCACUGGCCUGGGAAUGGCUUCUUCUCGUCGGGAGGUGCGAAAUCUAGGCCCUUUUCCGGGAUUUCUUUGUUGUGAUGUUUCCCUCUUUCCAGAGAUUCGGAAGAAGGCGCAAGAUGUUGAGGAACUCGCGAACGCGAGCUUUUCAUGGACAGCGCAGAAGGAAAUUCGCUUCUCCCGGGCGAUUGAAGAGGUUCUUGGCGACCUGGAGCCCUCCCAAGAAGAUCGCGACGCCCGAGCAGCUAUUGUCGCCUCGUUCGACAGCUUUGUCAAGCAGACUUUAUCUGGCUCGUCAGUCGUUGCUCCUUUUGGAUCAUAUGUAACCAACACAUUCACUUGCGACAGCGAUCUCGAUCUAUCGCUUUACGUGAAUCGUAUGAACCCUCUUUCCCGAGAAGAAAAACUCUACUUUCUGAAAAGGGUCACGACCAGUUUGCAAGCAAUGCAUGCACGGUAUGAUCAAAUACAGCCCAUUUACAACGCUACUGUUCCUGUGGUGAAGUUCGUGGACCGUAAAACUGGAAUACAGUGUGAUCUCUCUGUAGACAACAAAGAUGGUGCAUCAAAAUCGUUGGUACUAGCCGCUCUAUCUUCAAUCGACAAGCGCUUUCGUCCACUCUGUCUACUGCUGAAAAAAUGGGCCAAAUCUCACGAGAUCAACGAUGCUAGCGCUGGUACCUUGAGCUCGUAUGUCAUCACACUUUUGGCCAUAUUUCACCUUCAGACAUGCUCCCCUCCAGUCCUCCCGCCAUUGUCUAUGAUUAUUGGAGGACUGGACCUUGAUGCUUCCUAUUGCAGCGGGUUUAUAAGUGCCCGCGCCAAAGCUUUUCAGGGCUUUGGUGCUCGCAACAUGGACAGAAUCUCCGAGCUCUUUAGGACCUUCUUUGUAAAGAUCACCGCUGUCAAGGCACUCUGGCAGGAAGGACUCUGUGCGAGUACUUACCAUGCACAGUGGAUCUCAAAGUGGCCAAGCUUUCACAAUGGUUGCAUUUGCGUGGAGGAUUUUUACGAUCCGUCACGGAAUGCUGCCAAAGCCGUGACACCCAAGGACUUCGAGUGCAUCUACCAGUGCUUGGAGAACUCGGUAGAUGCGUUCCGAAGGCCAAUCACGGAUAUGGAAUCGUUCAAGAAGAUGAUCGUCGGCGAUGGAUGUAUGCCGAAGGUCACUCCACCACCACGGCCUGAGCCACGAUUCCCAGACCCGCGCGACAUUCGUCCCAGCCUCGCAGUGCCUCUCCUCCUCCAAGGCCGACCUCACAGGCCUGCAUCGGGACCUCCAAACCGCCGGUUCUAGAAACUGAGGAAACGCAAUCAAAUUAAUUCGUCCGAGUGUCAAAGGCGAGCUUUAAAGUUAAGGUAAAUUAUUGUUUCCAGGGAACUGCUCGGAGCACAAAGUGCUCUGGAAGUUCUUCAUUAUAAUUUAUCUCUUCCAUCUCAUGUU